AAACAGAGCCGCAGAGGCCCAGCUGAACAAGACAGACAACAGGAUCUAGUCUUUAUUCUGCAUCGUCUACAACUGCAACUAUCUGAUAUGGACGCAGAAGAGUUUCGUCGUAAAGGGAAGGAGAUGAUCGACUAUGUGGCUGAUUACCUGGAGAACAUUGAGCAACGGCCUGUUUACCCAGAUGUGGAGCCUGGUUAUCUGAGGCAGCUCAUCCCUACCGAGGCUCCAGAGGAUCCAGAGCCCUAUGAUGACGUGCUGAAGGACGUGGAGAGAGUCAUUAUGCCUGGGGUGACACACUGGCAUAGUCCAAAUUUCUUUGCCUACUUCCCCACAGGAAACUCUUACCCCUCUCUGUUGGCCGACAUGUUGUGUGGAGCCAUCGGAUGUAUUGGAUUCUCCUGGCCUGCUAGCCCAGCCUGUACUGAGCUGGAGACAGUGAUGCUGGACUGGCUUGGAAAAAUGCUGAAGCUGCCAGAGUGUUUCUUAGCUGGAACUCAUGGCCUUGGAGGAGGGGUUUUACAGUCCACUGCUAGUGAGGCGACACUGGUGGCACUACUUGCAGCCCGAUGUAAAGCCGUCAAACGAGUCCAGUCCACCAACCCAGAGCUGUCAGAGCCCGAAAUCUACUCCAAAUUAGUGGCUUACACAUCUGAACAAGCUCAUUCCUCUGUGGAGAGAGCUGGUCUCAUUGGUGGCAUCAUGAUGAAGAAGAUUCCCACAGACUACAACUAUUCUCUGAGAGGUGCACUGCUCAAGAAGAUGAUCAAAGAAGACAAGGCAGCAGGGCUCGUCCCUUUCUACCUGUGUGCCACCCUUGGUACCACAUCAUGCUGCUCUUUCGAUAAUCUCAUGGAACUUGGACCAAUUUGUAAUGAAGAAAACAUGUGGAUGCAUGUGGAUGCUGCAUAUGCCGGGAGUUCAUUCAUUUGCCCUGAGUUUAGACCCCUGCUGAAUGGGAUUGAGUUUGCAGAUUCUUUCAACUUCAACCCACACAAAUGGCUUUUAAUCAAUUUUGACUGCUCCUCUAUGUGGGUGAAGAAAAGAGCGGACAUCAUUGGAGCAUUCAAGGUGGAGCCAUUCUACCUUAAACAUGACAACCAGGAGUCAGGACUGGUUACAGAUUAUCGGCAUUGGCAGAUCCCACUUGGAAGAAGAUUUCGCUCUUUGAAAAUGUGGUUUGUCUUCCGCACAUUUGGGAUUAAACAAAUGCAGGCUCAUAUUCGCAAACAAGUUGCUUUGGCCAAAGAGUUUGAGAGCCUUGUCCGAGCUGACAAGAGGUUUGAGAUCUGUGCUGAGGUGGUGCUGGGCCUGGUCUGCUUCAGAAUCAAGGGCUCCAAUGAGCUGAACCAGACCUUGUUGAAGCGGAUCACCAAGAACAGACAGAUCCACCUGGUGCCUUGUCAACUCUCUGGACGGUUUGUGCUUCGCUUCUGCAUCUGUGCCCGCAGUACUGAGUCUCACCACGUGCACAAAGCGUGGCAGCACAUCACACAACUCGCCUUUGAACUGCUGCAGGAGCAUAUAAACUAAAGCAGCAUGCACAGGGACAAGGGCCAUCUGACCUAAAUUAGGCCCUGUGUCAGAACAAACAAACAAAAAAUCCUACUUAUCAAAUGCUUUAAACUCUGUUUAUGGUUACAUUGUCUUAAGUCUUUUGUCUUGUCUUUAACUCUUAGGGAGCCUCCAUGAUGUGAUGGGUGGGUGUUACUUGUGAUGGGAUGUGUAUGUAUGCAAAUAUUGAUUGACUGAGAUAUUAAAUGAAGAAAAUCUUCGACAUUACCAAAACUUAGUGUUUCCCUAAAACAAGUGCAUUAUUUACUACAUAUUUAUGAAGAGUCAAUAUAAAAAUAGAGUAUAUGUCUUAUGUUCACUGGAAUGUACAACCUACAACUCCAAAAUGUGUUGGUAUGAGGGAUUAUUUAUACAAAUUGAUUUAUAAAUUUGGAUUUUCAAGACUUUUUUUCUGCAUAUGCAGGUCUGGUGCUAUUUUUGUCUUUAUAAAGUUUUGGCCUAAAUGUGUAAAAUAUAGAACAAAUGUUUAUGACUAAACAUUUCAAAACAGUCAUUGUAUGUAAAACACAGAUCUUCAAGAAAGAAAUUCUAAAACAAAGUACCCCACUAACCUUGUGAUUGUGUAAUUAUAACAUGCUGCUUUGCUGUUGUCAUUAUUGCUGCUUUGUCAUUAUUUUUAAUAAAUGUGGGCAAUGAUUGAUUAC